UUCUCUUUAAGCCUUGUAACUACAGAAGGCUAUGGACAUGCUGCCCCAGGAACGGAUGCAGGGAAGGCCUUCUGCAUGUUCUACGCAGUCCUGGGGAUCCCACUGACACUCGUCAUGUUCCAGAGCUUGGGCGAGCGCAUGAACACCUUCGUCAAGUACCUCUUGAAACGCAUCAAAAAGUGCUGUGGGAUGAGGAGCACUGAGGUCUCCAUGGAAAACAUGGUCACUGUGGGUUUCUUCUCCUGCAUGGGGACACUCUGCAUUGGAGCAGCAGCCUUUUCCCAGUACGAGGAAUGGAGCUUUUUCCAUGCUUACUAUUACUGCUUUAUAACAUUGACUACGAUAGGGUUUGGAGACUAUGUGGCCCUGCAGACCAAAGGGGCCCUUCAAAAGAAGCCUCUCUAUGUGGCUUUUAGCUUUAUGUACAUUCUAGUGGGAUUGACAGUCAUUGGGGCAUUUCUAAAUCUGGUUGUUCUCAGGUUCUUGACCAUGAACAGCGAGGACGAGCGGCGGGAUGCCGAGGAACGGGCAUCCCUGGCAGGGAACCGCAACAGCAUGAUUAUCCACAUCCAAGAGGACUCCCAGCAUGGUCGGCCACGGUACAAGGCCGAAGUAACAGACCUUCAGUCAGUUUGUUCCUGCAUGUGUUACAGGUCCCAUGAGUACACCAGCCGGGUGGUGUCCCACCAAAAUUCAUUCAGCUCAAAGCUGAAUCCCCAGUACUUUCACUCCAUCUCUUACAAGAUAGAGGAGAUCUCGCCAAGCACAUUAAAAAACAGCCUUUUCCCAUCUCCUGUCAGCUCCAUCUCACCUGGGUUGCACAGCUUUACAGAUAACCACAGGCUGAUGAAACGGCGAAAGUCCAUUUAA